AUGCACGGACUCAUCGGCCUCUGUCCCGGCGGCUUCUCCGAAGCGGUUCGGAACUCGAUUUCGUCGCUGACCCGGAGAGAUUAUGACGCUCCGGCGACAAGCGCGCCAUCACAGCCUGGCAAGGCCUUGAAGGGAACGUGGCCAUCAACGCCCUCGCAGCCGCGCCCCCGCCAUCUCCUUGCCUUACCGCCCGAGAUCAUACUCAUGAUCCUGCAGCAGCUCGAUUUUGCCAGCAUCGCACGCCUGCGGCUGACGUGCAAGACGCUCCGCGGCCUGGCCAGCCCGCACCAGAUCCGCAUCCUCUUUGGCGGCCCGGCCCAGUUGCGCAUGCAGCUCCUGGGCCACUGCAAGACGUGUCUGGUGCACGACCCCUUCCGCUCCCGGCUGCUGCAGCCGCCCCUCGCCGACCCAGGUUACCCGCUGGCCAGCCAGUGCCUCGACUGCGCUCUCCAGGCCCGCGACCCGCGCAUCUCGGUUGGCAAGAAGAUCGUCCUGGCCAACUUCGACACGGUCUGGGUGUGCCGCUGGUGCGGCUACCCCAUCGUCGAAGGCGCCGCCUUUGGGUUCGAGCAGAUGCACCGUUUCUGCUACAAGCGGUACAACGACGUGCUCCUCUGCUUUUUUGUGCUGGGCUGGCUCCAGCUCGGCCUCGGCAUUGUGGCUGCGGCGCUCGCUUGGAGGUACUAUCGGGACGCUAUGCUGGUCUUCGCCCCGACAUUGACCAACUUUAUCCUCCUGUGGAUCUGCCUGAUGUUCCUCAUCUCGAGGGGCAGGCGGCUGAGGACCUAUCACUGGACCCUGGCCAUCGAGCUGAUCAUCCUUGCUCUCUGGAUCCCGCCCGUCUACCACGUUGCUACCGACAUUGCGAACGCAUCAGGCGCCACAGUCUUGAAGAGCACACGAGCCACUCUUGCCAUGUUUAUUUUGAACAUGCUGUUCAGGCUCCUGAACUUCUUUGGGAACCUCUUGCUUAUAUUCCGGCUUGACAUUACAAAGAGGCAUCGGUCAAGUAUUCCAAAGUGGAGGCUGCCAUUGCAUUACCUGGCAACUGCCCUUGUGAUGUGGACAUAUCCCCAGGCAGUUGAGCAGAAAUAUCCACCGGACUACUCGUAG